AUGGUCUUGCUUCCAUUCGAUGCUCACAAUCAUGUACACUUGGGAUCUUCUUCCUCGCCGUCCAGCAUAUUAGACUUAUUGAAUGAUUCGUUGUCUGGCAUGGCAAUCAUGAGCACCCAUCCCCGAGAUUUUCCCAUUGUGACAGACUUGCGAAAUAAUCAUAAUAAUAAUAACAAUAAUAAUCAACAGGCACUACUACUCGACCAAGGCAGUAUCAUUCCGUGCAUGGGGGUUCAUCCAUGGUUUUUGCACGAACUUACUGAACGAGAUUGGGAAAUCAUAUCAUCACCAUCCGAUGCAGAUGCUAUUGCUGAUGCAAACAAUGAAAAUGAUGAUGAUAAAGAACAUGAUGAUUCCAGUCAGAAUAAAGGUGCUCCUAUGCCACGCUGGGUUUGCGAAUUGGAGUCACUCUUGCAAGCCGAUCCUUCCAUUGCCGUGGGAGAAAUUGGAUUGGACAAUUUUCAUUUCAAUGAUCCAGUCACCAAAGAAUUAUCGACCGAUAUGGAAACCCAAAUGUUGGCCAUGGAAUUGCAAAUUGGACUCGCGAUCCAAUACCAACGACCAGUCAGUUUGCAUUGCGUGCGGGCCAUGGGAUCCAUGUUGGAAGUUUGGAAUAAAAUAUUACUUGCCAAGACGGAUUCCAAACAACAAAAACAGCAACAGCAACACAAAUUGCCGCCACGGAUCUACUUUCAUGCCUUUGGAGGCAAGGCGGCGACGGUGAUUCAACUCGUACGAUUACUGGAACCAAAACAACCAAAAAGGCCAAAGAAAAAGAAACCAAGAGAUGAAGGAGAAAAUAAAACUCUGGUUGCUACCAAAGAAGAAAAGCCACAAUCUAGUACUACUAUUACAGGUCCCAAGGUUUACUUUGGAUUUGCUCCAAUUGUAAAUUUCCAAUCGCCCAAAACGUUGGACGUCAUUCGUGCAGUGGGAUUGGAACGACUGGUCUUGGAAACGGAUCACGAGGAAGCCUACAAGGUACCUGCGACGAUGAAGGAAGGGAUCCGAGUCAUUUCGGAUGCUUUUGGGAUUACAGAGGAAGAACUUAUUCAAAUUACUAACAAGAACGCCAAGGAGUUGUACAUGAUUGAUUGA